UCGUUGAGUAUUGAGUCCGAGCGUGUGACUUACCGUCACGAAACGUAAUCAACCAUCAUUUUGUUUGUUUCCCGAAUAUUUUGUCUGUUUACUGCCAAUGCGUUGUUGUCCCAAGUACAAGUCGUUCGAAUUUUCACUGAAAAAUAAGUGUUUUUUUUUCUGAAGCAUCGGAUAAUCUGAAUCCAAAGGUAAAACCAAAUGUACCCAUGGAUCUCUUAACCAACUCAUUCUCCUUGUCGAUCAACCCCUUUCUAGUCCUCUUCGGCGCAACCCUCCUAGCCUUUUACUACAUGCCCCUCAACUACUGGGCGAGACGAGGUAUACCCCACGUGUCGGCCCUACGAUGCAUCUGCCAGACCCUAGCGGUGACCUUCCGGACUAAAUCCUUCCACGAGAUGCUCCAUGAGCAGCACAAAGCUCUCGAGGGACACUCUUACGGUGGCGCGUACCUUAUGUUCAGGCCGACAGUGAUCCUCCGGGACCCUGAGUUGGUCAAGGAGUGGCUUGUCAAGGGAUUCGCCCAUUUCCACGACCAUGUCCCGAAGCCUGAUGAGAAGAGCAGCAAACUUGCCGGAAACUUGUUCGCGCUUGGAGGCGACAGAUGGCGCGCAGUGAGGACGAAGGUAUCGCCCGCGUUCAGCCCUGCGACUGUCAGGUUCAUGCACAGGACUUUGGAGGGAUGUGCCCUGGAACUCAUCAGUCACUUGCAAAGGGUAUGCGGAGCCAAAGGCGAGGCGGAAAUCGACAUGAAAUCCGUGGCGAAGAACUGCGCGAUGGACAUAAUCGGAGCGUGCGCCGUCGGCGUGAACUGCAAUGCCCUCGGCGACCCGGAGCACUGCGAGAUGAAACCGAUCGUCGAAGAGAUCUUCGGCAUCACGUGGAGAUCCUCAAUCGCCAAUCUCCUCACUUAUAUCCACCCCCGGCUUCCGGCCUGGAUCCGAUUCCCUCGACGGACUCCCGAGGUAGAGCAGUUUGUCGCCGCCUUGACCAGGAGAGGCCUCCAGAUGAGCGCUGAGGAGCGGGCUGGCAGGAGGGAUUUCCUGAAAAUUUUGGUCGAGAGUCGCGAGGCCGAGAAACUAGCGGCGGAAAAUUGUGGUGCUGAUGGAGCAAGUGAAGAUGAAGACCCGGUUUUCACGGAAAAUAUCAUCGCUGGUGUAGUUGGACUAUUCCUCUCGGCUGGACUGGAAAACGUAGCAGUCACCGUGACAUUUUGUAUGUUUGAAAUAGCCCACCAACCAGAGAUUCAAGAGAAAAUGUUCGAUGAAAUCCAGGCGAUGAAAAAAGAAACUGGCAGGGAAAUAAACUACGACGACCUCAAGAGACUUAAGUAUAUAGAGCAAGUCGUUAAUGAAACACUGCGCAAAUAUCCAGCGGAUGGAUAUAUGAGAAGGAUCUGCACCAAACCGUUCAAAAUACCAAGUACAUCAGUCGUGGUGGAGGAGAAUACCAAACUGUUUAUAUCUACAUAUAGUAUUCAUCACGACCCAAAAUAUUUCCCGGAACCUGAGAAAUUCGACCCAGAAAGAUUUUCAGAACAGAACAUUGAUAAAAUUGUCCCAGGGUCUUAUUUAGCUUUUGGAAAAGGACCUAGAGCUUGCAUAGCGAGCCACUGGGCCCUGACGGCCGUGAAAACGGUAGUGGUGACCCUGGUGUCCAACUACAAACUCUUUCCCUGCGCUCGAACUCAAAAACGGAUUGAAUUUGACCGACAGCGUUUCAACUUGACCCCCAAGGGUGAAGUGCCCCUUCGAAUCGUGAAAAGAAAUACUGUAUUUUGAUUUUUUCAAGUGGUUUCUUUCACCGUUUUUUCCGGUAUAGGCUUGAUUCCUUUAUAUGUAUACCUAAAAUUCUCAGGCAUAACUGUGAUUUUAUUUUUUAUAUUUUUGGUAAAAUUACAUUUUAAUCUUAAGUAUGUAACGAGAGAAAAAAUGUGAAUUUAGGAAAAUUUCAAAUAUAGUCAGAGCUCUACACGCA